GGGAAACAAGAGUAACAUUUCAUCCAUUGGCCAGGCGGAAGCUCUAGAGGCAAAAGACUUUGAAAGGCAAACGUUAUACCAAGAUGAGGCUGCAGCCAAGCCUAUUCCUCCUGGGGCUGUUUCUGGUGAAAGUGACUACAAUCCACACUGCUUUAGGAAACAAUUCCUGGGAGGAACAGACAUGGUCAGAGCUCCUGAAGAAUAUUCCAUUUCCCUGUAGACCGGAGGAGAUAUCAUCUAAUCCUCCAUCAGAAUCAGUGCAUACUCUGAGAAUUUCUGACAUCAAAGUUGUCGGGGCCAUUGGGAACCUAGAAACUACCCCAGAAGCUGGGAUGGUCCUGAAAGAGCAAAAAUGGACUGAGAGAAACCAAACGCAGACAUACGUACAAGUAGUGGCAGUUCUUUCAGAUUUUAUCAAGAGGUUCAGUCCAUCUGUCUUGCCACUUUCAUGUCCACCUGUUGAGGAGACUUUGCCAAGAGACAGAAAUGAUGAUCUGAGAGCCCAGGCCAGAAAACUGGUCCAAUGCAUGAAAGAGAACAAGCAACUGGAUUUUCAUAAUGACUGGAAGAUCAUCAAUGUCUUCUUCAAAGCACAGAGCCAGUGCCCUCCUUGUCCCUCCCGCCAACAGGAGGGUCACAUGACCAGGAGCAUGCAAGAACUAACAGGAUUCUUGGACUAUUUGCAUCAGGAGGUCCCCAAAGCCUUUGUGAAUCUGGUGGAUACCUCGGAAUUUGGAAAUUCAUCUCCAUCACAUCAAGGAGAUGGACCCAGGGACCUGAAUGAAGUGUGUGAGUGCUCAGAGGAGCCUUCUCGACUGGCCACAGCUGUGCAUAGAUGGUACUAUCAGAACUCUUGGGAAAAACUCCUGACUUCCGGCAGAUAUGACACACAAGAUAAUUUCACAGUCAUUUAUCAAACUUUAUUUGAGGACAUGGAUCUUUUUCUUUUCCUGGGGAACCAGGCACCUAGCCACUUGCUGAACAAGUCAUCAGUUGCACUGGCCUUAAGUCUCUGGAAUGGCAUGAUGGUUCCCACAAGAAGGAAGGAAGAGUUUUUCCAAGCAAAACAAAGAAUUCCUGUCAAGUGUCCUACCCGGAAACAUCCUUAUCUAUUCACCUACAAAAAUCGUGAUUAUUCUUCCAUCUCACCAAAAAUCGACCAGAAGAAACCCUUUCAGGUGAAAGAAGGAACAGGAACAGAAUUUGGAUGUCCUGAUAUGAAUCCCUCCAAUAUGGUGCCCACUUCAGUUCAUAAUUUGAAACCUGCUGAUAUCAAAGUGAUUGGAGCCCUGGGAGACUCACUUACUGCAGGUAACGGGGCAGGAUCCAAAGCUGGUGAGGUUUUUGAUGUCCUAACUCAAUACCGAGGUCUCUCUUGGAGUAUCGGAGGGGAUAACAACAUCAGCGUCACCACUACCCUACCAAACAUCCUCAGGGAAUUCAACCCAUCACUGACUGGCUUCUCUACUAAAACUGGAAAUCAGGACAGCGCUGCAGCCUUCUUGAACCAGGCAGUGGCAGGAGCCAAAGCGGAGGAUCUGCCUAAACAGGCUAGAAGAUUGGUGAACCUGAUGAAGAAUGAUACAAGGAUCAAUUUCCAAAAGGACUGGAAGAUAAUAACCCUCUUUAUAGGAGGAAAUGAUCUCUGUGAUUCCUGCAAAGACCCGGCUCAUUUUUCUCCUCAGAACUUCUCGGGAAACAUCGAGAAAGCUCUAGACAUCCUCCAUGAAGAGGUUCCCCGGGCCUUUGUGAAUCUAGUAACUGUGCUAACAAUUUCCAGCCUGAGGGAGCUGUACCAGGAAGAGAAAGUCGACUGUCCAAGGUUGAUACUCAGUUUCUUGUGCCCUUGUGUGCUGGAGCCUGAAGACAAUUCCACGGAACUUGCCACCCUCAUUGAACUGAAUAAACAAUACCAGGAAAAGACUCAUGAGCUUAUUGACAGUGGAAGAUAUGAUACCAGGGAUGAUUUCACAGUAGUUUUGCAGCCAUUUUUAGAGAGAGUGCCUAUGCCAAAGACUUCGGAGGGAUUGCCCGACAGCUCUUUCUUUGCCCCAGAUUGUUUCCAUUUUCAUAGUAAGGCCCAUGCACGUGCAGCCAAGGCCCUUUGGAACAACAUGCUGGAACCUGUUGGAGCAAAGAAUAACGAAGUUCAUUUUGAAAUCAUGGUCGAUCUAAUUUGUCCUAGUCAGAAUCAACCCUAUCUUCGAACUUACAAGAACAGCAAUUACACUUAUCCAACAGUAGCAGCAACAACCAGCAGUCCCAGUCUGGGUUAUGGAAGCCAAAUAUGGUGUGAAGAUAGAGCUCCUUCUACCUCUAUUCCCAGCUCAGUACAUGCACUGAAACCAGCAGACAUUCAAGUUGUUGCAGCUGUGGGUGAUUCUCUGACUGCUGGAAAUGGAAUUGGCUCGAAACCAGAUGAUCUUCCUGAUGUCGUCACUCAAUAUCGGGGACUGUCAUAUAGUGCAGGAGGUGAUGCCUCUCUAGAAAGUGUGACCACCUUGCCUAAUAUCCUUCGAAAGUUCAAUAAGAACCUAACAGGCUUCGCACUUGGCGUAGGGGAUGCUGAUGACGCCAACGCCUUCCUCAAUCAGGCAGUACCCGGAGCAAAGGCUGAGGGACUUAAAAAGCAAGUCCAGACCCUGGUACAGAAGAUGAAGACUGAUCAGAGAAUUGAUUUCCUAAGAGACUGGAAGGUGGUCACUCUGCUCAUUGGGACUAGUGACCUCUGUGACUACUGCACUGACUCAAAUUUAUAUUCAGUCACCAAAUUCUCAUCUCACCUCCAAGAUGCCUUGGACUUCUUGCACAGAGAGGUUCCCAGAGCCUUGGUCAACAUCGUGGACUUUAUGAACCCCAUCAUCCUUCGGCAGGUGAUCCUGGGCAACCAACAUAAGUGUCCAAUACUUCAGGCAAUCGCUGUGUGUAACUGCAUCCUGAUGAUCAGAGAAAGCUCUUCAGAGAUGGCCAGGAUGAAAGAAGUCAUCAAGAGCUACCACAGAAGCAUCAGAGAGUUGGUGGAGUCAGGCCGCUACGACACUCGGGAGGACUUCACGGUGGUACUGCAGCCUUUUUUUGAAAACACCAAACUUGCCUUCCAACCGAAUGGAAGGCCAGAUGACUCCUUCUUUGCACCAGACUGUCUCCACCCAAAUCAGAAAUUUCACUCGCAGCUCUCCAGAGCCCUUUGGAACAAUAUGCUUCAACCAGUAGGGAAGAAGAUGAAUUUCCUGGAUUUGACAGCAGACACACCUCUAUUGUGUCCAACUCAGGAGGAGCCCUUCAUCAGGACCUACAGGAACAGUAACUACACAUACCCAGCCAAUCCUGCUAUUGAGAACUGGGGCAGUGACUUCUUGUGCUCUGAGCAGGGGUCAUCCAGCAGUACUCCCACAUCAGUCCAUCAGCUCCGGCCUGCUGACAUCAAGGUGAUUGCAGCUCUGGGAGACUCACUGACUACAGCUGUAGGAGCUGGAGCAAAAAACAUCACUGGCCUGUCCAUGGCUUGGAGGGGACUAUCCUGGAGUAUUGGAGGAGAUGGAGUCUUAGAAACUCACACCACUUUGCCAAAUAUUUUGAAGAAAUUUAACCGCCAUCUCCAUGGAUUUUCCACUGGCACCCAGAAGGAGACAAUUGGACUAAAUGUAGCAACAAGAGGGGCUAUGGCACAAGACAUGCCAAGCCAGGCCCGGGAACUAGUGGACAAAAUGAAGAAGAGCUCGGAAAUCAACCUGAAAGAAGACUGGAAGCUGAUCACCAUCUUUGUUGGAAGCAAUGACCUGUGUCGGUACUGUGAAAACCCGGAAGCUCACUCGGUGAAAAAUUAUGUCCAAUCCCUCCAACAGGCACUAGACAUCUUCUAUAAAGAGCUACCUCGAACCUUCAUCAACAUAGUAGAAAUUAUGGAGUUGGAUGGUCUACGCCAGAUACAAGGAGAAGAAUGUAAAGUGACAACUCAAUCCAUUUGCCCUUGCUUUGGACAUUCGCUGGAUAAUUCUCCUGAAUUGCAAGAAAUGAAGAACAUUAAUAGACACUUCCAAAGUGGCAGCUCAGUGUUCACCUAUAAUCGCCAAUAUAUGGACCGGGAGGAUUUCGCUGUGGUGGUGCAGCCAUUUUUUCAAAGCACUGUGGUCCCAUUGGAUGAUAAAGGAAAGCCAGACCUGAGCUUCUUCUCUGUGGAUUGUUUCCACUUCUCUGAGAGGGGACAUGCAGAGAUGGCCAUCUCCCUUUGGAACAACAUGUUGGAACCAGUAGGCCGGAAGCAGACCUACAACAACUUCACCUACAGCCGAACAAAAGUCAAGUGUCCAACCUCUGACAAUCCUUACUUCUAUACCUUGAAGAACAGUGGGCUACUUCCACAGGAAACCAACAAGUCCUCCUGGAUACUCUAUUGGGCUGUGCCGGUGGCUGCUGUUGGCAGCUUCGUGAUUGGCAUGGUGCUGGUGCUGGUAUGGAGGAGCUGGAAAUGCCCCCGCAAGGAAGAGCCCCCUAUAAGUCUUGUGGCUACAGUCUUUUAAGCAUCGGCUCCUCCUGGAGCUGUCCAUCAUUAAAUCCCUCCCUCCAAAUACACUCCCCUACGGUUCUCUCUACCUCAGACAUGCUUGCCAACCUCCAGAUCAUUAACUUCAAUGUGUGGUGGUCACUGAAAUCCUCAGGGAAAACUACCUGAAAUCACUACUUUGUAAGCCGUUUAAAAUCAAAGACUUAUUUUUUUUUUAAAUAAAGGCAAAAGAGCCUCCUUGGA